AUGAAGCUGGCCAAAGCGGCAGCCCAACAGCUUAAGGGCGUCGUCAUUGAGUACGACGUAUUAUGCAGCACUCUAUUAGGUAAAUCUGCCGCCGAGCAAAAGCGUCGUCGACUUGCAGCAGAGAAGAUUCGGCAGCAGAAGGAGCAGCACUUUGGUUCGUCGCUCUUUGGUGCCACCUCAGUCCAGUCGAUGCUGGUGAGUGACGUUCGUGGACUGCUCAAGAACCUGAAUGAAGACUCUACGGGUAAGCCGUGGGUGGUCAAAGAGCGACUGCAAAGUACAUUGCAAGGGUUACCGAAUCAAAUUCUAGAACGUGUUAUGGGAUCAGCAGAUACGAAAAAAGAUGUUGCAGGUAAGAGUGAGGAUGAAAUUUACUUGGAGAAGCAGCUGCAGUCGGCGUCGGAGGAGUUGGCGAGGGUGAAGCAGCAAAAGAGAGACGAGAAAUUAGAACGGGACGAGUGGAGUAAGAAAGGUUUUGGAAUCAAGAGUGGUAGUCAAGCCAAUUCAUUACGAGACAAGUAUAUGGACAAGAUCAAGAAAUUAAAGGAGAAGAAACAACAUGAAGGAAGCAGGAUAGGAUUGAAAGAAGUCGUGGGGACGACUACGUCGGCAGGACUGUCCACGUGGGUUGUGAAUGAAGGAGCGAACGAAGUUUUGAGCUAUUCGGAUCUACGAGGGUUGUUGAAGGCGGUGAUUCCACCAAGAAAUCCACAGCAGGAUGACGAGUAUAAAUUCUUUUUGAAAGAGAUGGAGGGCCAGUUUGACAUGUUUCUGCCUGAGAAAGAGCAGGAGAAGUUUCCAAAUCCGAAGCCGAUUCUUCACAUUUGCGAGGAGUUUGGCUUGAAGCCAUCGGAUGUUUUGGUGCUCGCUCGACAUGCACCCACCAUUAAAGCCGCCAAAGAUGCAGGAACGCAUGUAUGCCACUAUAUGCCCGAAGAUAAGGCUAUUCCGAAUCACACGGCGCAUUACCAUUUGAUACACCUGAGAGAGUACCAGCAUCUGAUUGAGGACCUAAACGGUGUAUCCUAUCGAGACAAAAUUAACAUGGGCUCAAUUGAAUUUUAA